UGAGCUUUCACCACUAUAAUGAACCUUUCCUCUCCAUCAGAAUCAGCUUCUAAGGAGGUGAAGACGGCUUCAGGAGGAAGAUAUGGAGGUCAGGGAGUGGCCCGGCAGAGGAGCUGCAGUGACGGAAGCAACUACAGCAGGAGAGGCCUCCCCAACAACUCGUCCUCCUCCCCGGUGCUCUACAACCCCAAAUCAGUCCUGAAGAGACCAGUAAGCACAGAAGAGCUGCAGACACCAGGAGGACCCUACAUCAAGAAAACGUUUACAAUCGUGGGCGAUGCAGUGGGUUGGGGGUUUGUGGUGAGAGGAAACAGGCCGUGUCACAUCCAGGCUGUGGAGCCCAGCGGCCCAGCUGCUGCUGCUGGGAUGAAGGUUUGUCAGUUUGUGGUUGCGGUCAACGGACUCAAUGUUCUCGAUCUGGACUACCGGACUGUCAGCAACCUGAUUCUAACGGGACCCAAAACUGUGGUGAUGGAGGUGAUGGAAGAGAUGGACCACUGAGCAAUGGAAGAAACACUGAUCUGUUGACAGUACACUGGAAGAUGAGCUGGCUUUUAUGAAAAAAGUUACGAAUACAUGUGUCCUAACUGAGGUUUCUUCAAAGGACUGCAAGAACACAGUGAUGAAACAGGAGAUAACCUUGUCAGGUAUUGUUGUGUAUUAGUAGGAUACAACAGGUAUUACAUGGGAAACAUUAUGUCUUUAGAUAAGUGUUGAACUGAUAGAGAGCAUGUUGUUUACAGAAUGAUUGGCUGAAGAUAUAACUGAAAGAGCAACACAAUGUUGAAUCGCAGCUACAUCAUCUGAAAAGAAUGCUUGGUACGUUUUGAAAGCGUUGUAAAGUCGCCAAAAAUAAUUAAUCAGUUUUUAAAAGUCUCUCAGAAAAGAAUCUGGCAAGAUAAACUGUCAAUACUGUCUUGUAAUACUGUGCAGCAGAUUGUUGAUUUGUUUUCUCAACAACGUGUGGAGUUUGGGGUCACAAACAUGUUGGGAGAGGUGCAAUGAGUAAUGGUGCACGGGUAAAUCUGAGACAAGCAGCCUGCUGAAUGUUGGAGCCAAUGCUGAUUGGAAAUAUCCAAACAUUAUAACUAAUCAGUUUGAAGAAAUUUGUUUCCACUUUCUUGCCCAUUUAGACAUACUGUACAAAAGCAACCAUUGAAAGACAUGUAUAAAUAAGAGGGGCAUCAUGUGACUGUUCUUGUGGGCUCGAUGCAGAAGUCAUGGCUAAUAGACGCUGUCAGGAAGUAAAAUAAAAUAUG